UCCAAGUAAGCAAGCAGAGUCCGGCCUUUAGCCCAUUUCCAGGCGCCGGGGUUAACUACUUUAUCGGAUCGAGGUCAGAUCCACGAGAGAUUCCGAAGUGCCUCCCUUCCCCCGCUUUGAAGCGCGCACCUUGCAGAUUGAUCAGCUCCUUUUGCGCGCGCCAGUCCACAUGAGCGUUUGGCUCGCGCGAGUCCCGCAAGAGGCAGCGGCAGCUCUCAUUGGCCAAGAACAUGAACGCGGGAGCCCGGGCUGGGGAAGACACCUGUGGGAUGCUGAGAGCGCGGGAAAUGUGCUGUGGUCGCUUUUGCAGAACUUGAGGGGACAUGCGCGCACGUGGAGGGUGCCUCCAGUCUGCAGGAAAGACAAAAGACUAAAUCGUUGAUCUUGACAUGAUUCUAGACCUGCCCUGUGGGAACAACCAUAGCACUGAGUGGAAUGCAGGAUGGAGCAGAAGGAGGCAUAUAUUAGAAAAAUAUCUUGGGGAAGAGGAUCCCUUUCCUCAUUGGGGGUGUUUUGAGAUGAAGUUUGAGCCCCUCAGCAGCAUGGCCUGCUGCCUCCAGAUCCCGGACACCAAAGCCCUCAGCUUCCUGCAGGAGACGGCCCAGCUUCUCUCCCAGCCGGAGCCGAUCAGCAGCAGUACCCCAGGGAGGCCUGAGAGGCAGGCGGGCUUGGCCAUGUGUCCUAGGCGCAACGCCCGGGUGUCCUCAGGCGAUGGCUCCCCUGCUGCACUGGCCUCUUUUGGUCCCUUGGACGCCCUGAGCCUCAUCAGCCUGCACUGCUCCAACCUCGAGUCGGAGCCUGUAGAUCGCAUUGAACGCACAGAGGCCAAAGGGGUUGCACAAGAGAGCUCCUCCGGCAUCCUCUCCAAAGAUUGCCCUGUCAACCGGCUGUGGACAGCCUGUGUGGAAGAGCCCAAGGUGGCGCAGCAGCAGGGGGCUGGCGCCUCCCACAAGACUGAGUCACAGAGGGGCAGGAGGAGAGCCUCCCGCAAGCAGCCCAGACCCAGGCGGAGCUGUGAACCCCUGGACCCGUCUUUCCAAGGGGUGACGUUUCAGAUGCAGCUGCAUCAACACAUCUCCAAGGGUUGUCGACUCGUCAUUAGCCCCCGAUACAGCAGUGGAAAACUUAGGAAAAGAAGCCGAACCCCUUUAGCAAGAGAAGAGUGCAAAGCUGGCAGUUCCGAGGAGGAAGAAGGAUGUCCCUCUAUCCACAGGAAUAAGCGUUGUGCUUCUUGCAAGACCAGGAAAACACCACUAUGGAGAGAUGCUGAAGAUGGGACCCCUCUCUGCAACGCUUGUGGUAUUAGAUACAAAAAGUACAGAAUUCGGUGCUUUCGGUGCUGGAAUAUUCCGAAGCAUGGUGGGAAACCCUACCCCCAUUGUUCCACUUGUGGAGGCAAGUUGCGUGUAGUAACUGCCCAGCAGAAAUCUGGAAAAAGAUGUGGAAGCUUCCUAAGGCUUUGCAGUUAGCUGGAUAGCAAAACUGCCCUUGGAAAUGGACUUGACUGAGAGGGUCUGGAUGAAAAGCUUGGUGGAUGGUCCUUAGAACUGCCUGAGGUUCUGUGGAAGAAGGCUCUUCUGUUUUCUUUCUUUCUUUAUGUUCCUUUCUUUGGAUGCUUCUCUGUUGUUGAAGUCAGUGCUAUGCCCUAUGUUGGGCGCUUGCUUGCAUUGUGUAGGAAAGGCAGGAAAGAAACCCAUGUUGUUGCAAUGGGAAAAGUGUUUCCAUUAAGCUUCAGCCAUCUAAGCAAUUUACAGUACAUGUUUGGGCAGAAUGCAAUGUUCCUUUGGAGGAUGGAGAUGCUUAAAUCACUUUCAAGCAGUUACUUCUGCCAAUCCCAUGGAAAGGGUUUUUUGUUUGUUUCUUAUGUGUAUUGGAUUUAACAUCUGCACCACCCCAUCCCACCUUUUAACACUUUAGGUUGCUGCCAUAUUGUUAAUACUGCCUCUAGGAAGGGAUUGGAAAGUACAAAGAAGCAUUUCACCAAACUGUAGCUUUUGGGAAAAACAGUAAUUGAACAGUUGUGGUGGAGGAGGGAGUUUGUCCAAAACAAUAAUGUCUCCCUGCUUCUUAAAUUCAGGAAGGCUUUAAAGAGAUGUAGUUUUUUUAAAAAAACAUGGGUCACAUGUAAUGAAGCCCUUUCCUGAAUUCCUGAUUAUAUUUGUCUAUUGCACUAAAUAAGCCAAGUGUAAAUAUAUACUAUUUAUGAAACAAAAUAUUUCUAUACUUGGUGAAGGAUUUGUUGGGGAUGCUGAUAAACAUUUUUAGUUGUACAAUAUGCAGCUGUUUCAAAGUGUGUCUCAAAAAGUGUGUUUACAUCCAGUUGGGAUUGCAUCAUAUGAUACUGCACAGGCUUCCAUUUGAAGUAUAUUUAUUUUUGUAAAUAGUAUUUAUGUUUGAAGUGUUUGGUUCCCUGACAUAGCAAGCCAAAAUAAAAUGAAAAGCAAAAGCAAAUCAGCUGUGUUGUGAAAUUCAAAGCAAUUACUUUGACUGACCUGUAAUUUUUCAGUUAAUAUCCCAAGUCAGGAUUUUGUUCAAUACCA